AUGUCUGAACCUGGAGAAAAGCACGUCGACGCAGUCCAGCGUGUGGAGCAUACGUCCACUGCUGCAUUGUCUGUCAAGUCCAACGACAGCCAUGUCAAUGACAAGAGUGCUGAUGCUGCUGAUGCUGCCCAGGCGCAGCAGAUCGCCGCUCAAUGGGUCGAUGGCACGCCAGAAGAGAAGAGACUCAAGCGUAAACUUGAUUGGCGCAUUCUUCCAUGUACCUGGGUGCUCUAUCUUCUCGGCUAUCUUGACAGAGCCAAUAUUGGCAAUGCUAAAACAGGAGGUCUACAAAGCGACUUUGGAUUGACAUCUUCGCAAUACUCUAUCAUUGUUUUGGCAUUCUUCAUCUCCUAUCUUGUAUUCGAAGUCCCAGCGAACAUGAUUCUCACUCGAGUCCGGCCGAGUGUCUUCCUCCCCGGGCUGGGUCUUGUCUGGGGCACUUUCGCUGCGCUUAUGGGAGCGACGCAGAAUUGGAGCCAAGUUGCUGGCCUGAGAUUCCUCCUUGGGUUUGCCGAGGCCGGAUUUGCUCCAGGAUGUGCCUUUUUCCUCUCUUCCUGGUAUCGGAAAUAUGAGCUCGCAACACGAUACGCAUUCCUCUACACAUCUGUUCCAAUUGCAGGAGCUAUCUCUGGUCUUCUUGCAGGAGUCAUCACCGAUCACAUGGAUGGAGCAGGUGGCCUGUCUGGAUGGAGAUGGCUUUUUAUUCUCGAGGGCCUCGCAUCUGUGGUCGCAUCUGUGAUCAUCUUCUUCCUCAUGCCUGACUACCCAUCAAACAGCAAACGCUUUCUCAACGAGGAGGAGAGCAUCUUGGCCUGCAACAGACUGGCAGCGGACGGCAUUGGUCUUACGCAAGGUCGGGGCGUUGAACACAUCCCUCACUGGACAGCCUUCAAGAUGACAUGCGUUGACUGGAGAGUGUGGGCCCAGUGCCUCCUUUUCGUGCUUGUCACCGGCUCCCAGACUAUGCAGUACUUCAUCCCGACCCUGGUGAAAAGCUUUGGAUGGACAGGUCCUGUUGGCCAAUAUCAUACCAUUCCCGCCUACAUGGCUGCGCUAGUUUAUGUUGUUGCGUGCUGUUGGCUGGCAGACAAGUACAAGGCGAAAUGGCAGUUCAUAUGCGGUCUUUCCGCCGUUGGAUGCGUCCUUUUCAUUGCCGUGACCGCACUACAGGACAAGAUGGCACAGUACGUUCUUACCAUCUUUGCCUUCGGCACAAUCUACGGCUGCUCUCCUUUGGUCAAGACAUGGGUAUCCGAUGUCAUCCCUCAGCCAGCGGCCAAGAGAGCCAUUGCUAUUGCCCUCAUCAACGCCAUUGGCAAUGCUUCGUCCAUCUACUCUUCAUGGCUAUGGCCAGAUAAGGACGCGCCGCGCUACAUUCCUGGUUUUGCAACCACCACUACUUGGCUUGGAGUCCUUUGCAUCUGCACCGCCAUUUUUGCUUACUUCUUCAAGAAAUAUCCCAUUGAGAGGAAGGACCAUGCCGAGGUCAUUGCUGCAGAGCUGCGAGCUCGCAGAGAAGGACGACAGCCGGACGAGAAUAUCUAA